UUUCAUUGACAAAGUUUUUUCUCUGCAGAAAUAAUUUUUCUCUUCGCAUUUUAUCCUUCGAGGAUUAGUGUUUUACUUACCGUAUGCCUUCGAUAUAAAGAGGUAGSAGAGUGUCGAGUUCAAAAGUAUUAUUUUUACGUGAUUUGCAGAGGAAAAGCCAAAUUUUGGGUGUCGAAAUCRUCAAGUCCAUCAGUCCAUCACGUGUGACCGUAUUUGUUUUAUCAAGUCUGUUCUUUCCGGGGCAAAGUGCUUUCAUUAUAUKUAGAAAUGAUGCCUGGGAUAUGUAAACUUUCAUUCUUGUGACACUUGUGUACGUGCUAUCAGGAUAACAGAAUUUUCUUAAUACUGGAGUCUUCAAAGUUUUCAACAUUUUUUUCUCUACUCAUUGAAGCUCAACAUCGUGGGAAAAACUCCAAUCAACCGGUAAACAAAUUUUCUUGAGAAAGGUUAUUGUGUUUUACAAAGUUUUUAUCCAUCGAGGACCUGCAGGAAGGACUUUAGUUGCAAGAGAUGGGACUUUGAGUAAAGCAAGAAUAUUAACAAGAAUGAUCUAGAWCAUGGAAGGAUAAAAAUUUGGACAUGAGAUGACCAAUAUUUCUUCCAUCUUUGACAAGAAAUUAUAUUGCAUUUCCCAUCAACGACGAUCUUCGACAAACUACAGAACAUUUUAAAGACCUUUAAGUAACAGCGUAUACUGUGUGACAGUGUAAUGACUGAGAAAAAAGCCAAGAGGAUAUCRCAACAUCAGCUCCUGGAUUUUGAACCACAGUCUGAAGUCAAUGAAGUAGAGGAUGAGUUCAGUAGCUCAAGUGAUGAAAGCCCAGAGGUGUCUGAGGAUGAGCUGGAUGCUUGUAGCAAUAAAAACUUUGAUGCUGUUGUAUUUGACAUCAGAAAAGUCACUCCUGAGGAAUUUGCUAAAGAAGUAACUUAUAAAGAUAUAUAUGUAUUCAAGUCUAUUAGACCAGAGGAGUUAUCAGGAUGUGGCUGGACAAAGAAGGACAAGUUAAAGCUUGCUCCAAAUGUGGUUGCUUUUAUACAAAGAUUUAAUCAUAUUAGUUUUUGGGUGGUAAGAGAAAUACUGAAUGCCAAGAAGUUGAAGACAAGAGUGGCUGUCAUGUCUCACUUUAUUAGAAUAGCAAAGAAAUUCUUGGAGCUGAACAAUAUCCAUGCCCUGAAGGCUGUUAUAUCUGGACUUGAGAGUGUUCCRGUGUAUAGACUAGACAUGACAUGGGAGCAUCUUCCAAAGAGAGACCAUGCAACAUUCGAAAAACUUGUGGAACUGCUAUCUGAGGAUGAAAAUAGAAAAAAAUUAAGAGAAUAUUUAAGUACUGUUAAACUGCCCUGUAUUCCACACUUAGGGAUGUACCUAACUGAUAUAAUGUAUAUUGAUACCAUACACCCAAGCACUGGAGGACUAGAUAAUGAACGAACCAGAAAGAUGAAUGAUAUAAUAAGAAUAAUUUCUGAGUUUCAACAAUCAAACUAUGGAGACAUUGAAUCACAGCCUUAUAUCCAAGAAUAUUUAAAUUCAAUGAACUAUAUAGAAGAGCUACAAAAGUUCUUAGAAGAUAACAAUUACAGGUUGUCUCUUGAGAUUGAACCAACAGAGAGUGAUAACAAAUCUAAAGCAAGAUCAAGAGAAAGCAUAGACGCUUUGCCUUGUAACACUUUAAAUCCCCCAGUGAGUAAGAAGUUUGUCCCUGGACACCGAAAAACUCAAAGUCUUGACACAAACUUACUAAGGACACCCUUGGGAACAUCUUUUGAUUCACUUAGUAUUGCUAGUAGUACCAGCUCAAGACAUUUAAUAGAUGACAGUAUUGUACCCUUAGAAAACCAAGGAUCUGAAAUACUUUUGAAUGGAAGGAAUUCAGCACUUUCUUUAGAACGAGCAAGUGGAGUAUAUGAAAGGGAUGAUUCUGAACUAUUUGGUCCUCAUUCAGAGUUCCAGGUUGAAGGAUUUUUGAGAAGAAAGAAAUGUUUGAGGAAUAACAAGAAGUUAGCUGUAUCUACCUGGCAAAAGUUCUGGGUUGGUCUAUCUGGAAAGUUUCUAUACUACUUUUUACCAAAACACAGAUCUGUAGGAAAACUUGAGAGAUCUUCUUUUAAGAGUAAUGCGCAGAAGGUGAUAAAUAUAGAGAAUUGGAUUGUACACAUCCAGUCAGAUUCACAUCAUACUGACUGCUUCCAGUUGACAGAUCCUUUUAACGGGAACUCGUACAAGUUCAGGACAGGCUCACAGUCAAGUGCAUUAAUGUGGUACACAUGUCUGUCUCAUGUCACKACAAGCAAAAAUAAGACCCCUCAGAACCUCAUCAGUUUUGAAGAGAGCGAAGAAGUCAAUGAUACAAAAAUGUAAAUGAAUAAUGGCACAACCACCUUUACAGAAGAACAAACCCACCACUAUCUAGAUCCCUUGGCAUUGGGAAUAGGUACAUGUUAUGGCCAAGAAGAUCAACAUGAUACAAAUCAAGACUAUGAAUAGAAUGGAAUAGAAUACUAGAAUAUAUGAGAAAUCAUAUUGUYACAGUCGUGAGCACUCUCCUGUUAUGUCUUGAUACCACUAUUACUAAAGUCCUUUCGUAGGUCGUUUUUUAGCUUAACUAAAUACGUUAUCUUGUGGCUUCAAAGGAGUUAAAACAUUUGGAUUAUUAAAAGAAGUCGAAAAGGAUUCUGGUAAUAGUAGUAUCAAGACAUCAUAAGGGGAAUGAGUGGUCACGUGACUUGUUAGUUCACUCGCUCACAAUGCACCGAACUAAUAUAUAGUUUAUUAUUAUAUUAUUAUUAUUAAGAGAAGCAAGCGAUUUGACGGUAUGCUUUGAUUGACGACACCCAUUUUAAUUAUUUAUUGAAUGUUUUUAAUGUUAUUCGGAUUGCUAUCAAAAUCCAGAUACUUGGAGAACUCUCAUGAAGGAAAGCAGUGAAAAAAUAUCUACUCACCCACCCCAMCCUCGGUGAGGUUUUGCUCUUAGAAGGCAACCCACGUAUCUGGAYCAAUGGUAGCGUGAUCGGUUUAAUUUAAAGUUAUAGGUGUUCUGAUGAUCACAAGAGUACACUUAUUUAUACACUUAUUUACUUUAAUGCAAAGUUUUCAUAAGUGCUCCGGUAAUUUCAAGAUUUAUUUUAUUUCAUUUCUCAUGAAUGAAACUUAGAAUACUAUGAUCCCAAGCAAUAAGAAUAACAAUAUUAUAGUUCCAGUUGUUAGAUGAACUUUACAAUUUCUAGAUUUUGAAUAGAGAUUUCAAUUUAACAUACGUUUUGGAUCAAAGGGAUUUUUUAAUAUUUAUUUUUAAAUACAACACGACCACUAUGAGAUACUUCGUAAACCUCCCAUCCUAUCGAUUAUUUKAAUCGAAAACAUUUGUAAUCUCUAAGAGAUUCAACGCAAUAUUUUUAAAUAAAAGAAUAGUGGAAUCGUGUUGAA